AAAAUUUAGGUUUGCCUAUUUAUUUCAUAAUAAUUUAAUGACUAAAGGAUUUCUAAUUUUAUUAAAUUUUUUUUUUUUUUUUUUGUAAAAAUGAUCUUUAAAGGGCGUCACAUAAAAUGAACUAAUCCAAUCAUCUAACUACAUUUUAACUACGCAUAAAAAAAACUGCAUUUUAACUACUCAAAUCCAUUAUAUUUGUAACAAUCUGUCAAACACAACCAUGGUCUUACCCAAUGAAAAAAAAAGAAAAAAAGAAAAAAAGAAAAAAAGAAAAAAAGAAAAAAAGAAAAGAAGAAAAAAGAGUGGCAGGCAUAGUCUUUCACGCACCCAGUAUUGCUUGGUACAGACGGAAGAUUCUGAUUGGACGUUCUCCACUGUGCUGGGCCUUCAUGCAACAACGUAGCAGAAGCCCUCAUUGCUGUUUUGGACCGGACAGAUGAAUCUGUCUUACUCACGCAAACUCUGUUUUAUUCCAUCAAUGGAAACCCCGUUUCACAGCAUACCAGCAUAUACAACUGAAUCAGCCCCUAAACCCCAAAAAGACCAAAACUUUCUCAGCAAAAGAAGAAAAGAAAAAUCCCCCAUUUCCCUUUGUGUUCAAGCUUGAGCUUUGAUCAUGGAGGUUCCUCAAGACUACAUGGUUGAAGAGAGAGAAGAGUACAUGGUUUCACCAACUGGUGGAAACCCAUUUCUCAGAAAAGCCUACUUUCUCAAACCCACUUUGCCAUCCUCCGCAAAGGAACCUCCUUUGAAGCUGCCUCUUUGUUUCUCCUCCCUCCCAUCCCAUUUUGAGCCAAAGAAGAAAUGGCCUUUGAAGGUUAAAUUCCCAGGAUGGCGUACGGUCUCAGAAGACUUCAUAACUUGGGUCGACCGCUUAGCUUCUGUACACGAAUCUACAUGGAAGAAAGCUGGUAUUUAUGAAGCAAUUCUUAGUUCAAGGUACGAAAUAAGAAGGCAAGGCGAUUUGGCUUGUGGGUUUGCUGAGAAAUGGUGCUCUGAGACCAAUUCCUUCAUUUUUCCAUGGGGCGAAGCAACAAUCACGUUGGAGGAUGUUAUGAUUUUAGGAGGUUUCUCGGUUUUGGGGCACACUGUUUUAAGCCCACUUGAAACCACAGAAUCGAAAGAAAUUGAGGAGAAACUAAAUAGAGAAAGAAGAACACCUUACAGGGAUGUGUCUAGGGAUGUUCUUGCAAGCGAAUGGUUGAAGAAGUUCAAGAACAGUGGGACCGAAUUCGAGCAUGAAGCUUUUCUUGCCUUAUGGUUGUCAAGGUUUGUUUUCCAAGGUGCUAGUUGUAGAAUACAUAAGCAUGCUAUAUCCAUGGCAAUUCAUUUAGCUAGGGGGACCAGAAUUGCCCUUGCACCUGCUGUUCUUGCUAGCAUUUAUAGAGAUUUGGGUUUGUUGAAGAGGGAAAUCGUAGCUUCAAACCAAUUGAAAAGAGGUCGUGCUACUUCAGAGGCUAUUCUUAGGUCACCAUUUCAAUUAGUUCAGGUUUGGGCAUGGGAAAGGUUCUCGGAACUUAGGCCAAAGCCCAAUGAUAUUAAUUAUACUAAGCCAAGAAUGGCGCGAUGGGAAGGAGUUGAUGGUCUCAAAGUCAAAAACUUGAGAAUUGUUUUGGACUCAGCUGGAGAAGAUUUCAUGUGGCGCCCAUAUGCCAUGGCCAUGGAGAACUGGCAUUUGCCUAACUAUUAUCCACAUAAGGAAAAGUGGGUUUUGGUUGGUCCAGAUUUGGAUGAUGAAUUACUGUCCUUUGUUAGAUGCUUGAGGGUCAGUGAGCUAGUAGGACUUGGUACUAUAGAACACUACCUCCCGCAUCGCGUUGCUAUGCAAUUUGGAUUUGAUCAAGAACUUCCAUGCUCUGUUACCCGUCGUCGCAAUUCUGAUGUAGCCUGGAAGCAUUACAACAGGGAAAUCAAUAAUGUUAAGUUGUAUCUUCCACCUAGGCUCUUCGAGGGGGAUGUUAGCACAAAGUACUUGAAAUGGUGGAAGCAAUCAGUGUUAGGUCUCGAAGAUGCAAAUGAAGCUGCUGUGCCACAGGAAAAGAAAGAUCAGAGUGUCAAUUGCUCGCUACUAAGGGCUAAUCACACCCCUGCACCUCCUAGUUUCCCUCCCAAAUGGGACAGGAUGGAAGCUCCUAUAAAUGAAGAUAAACUAACUGUAUCAGAAGUUUUGAAACAUAAUAGGACUAAGAAGCAUCGAAAUUUGGAGAUUAGACAAGAUGGUGACAGUGAGAAAUUAUUAUCUGAUAAAAUCCAAUUGGCAUCUCCAAUUUCAGAUAAAAAAUUCAAUAAGGACAUGGUAAGCAUCGUAGGAAAUGAAUGUCAUAGCCAUAGCUCCUUAUUUGAGAAAGGUCUAUUGGAGUUUGAGAAACGAGAUUCAGAGCUUGAAGUUAGGUUUAAAAGGCUUGAAAGUGUGGUUCAGGAGUUAAAAGCACAUACGUCUGGGACAAGUUUCAGGAAAAGUUGAUCAAAGACAGCCCUCCGUUGAGUUGGAAAUCGGAGGAAGAGAGUUGGACUCUGGACAUAUCAGAAACUUCUUGUUUUAUAGAUUGCUUAUAAUGCAGCUGGAAUCUUUCUGUGUCUACUUAACCUGUCCAUCAAAGCUGUGAACCUACGUUUACAAAUCGAUUGUGAUCUUACUGAAAAGACUAUCAAAACAAUGUUGUUUGUCAACCAAAGAAGCUAGUUAUUUUUAAUGGCUCUAUUGUCCAGGUAACUACAUCACUGUCACUGAUCUUGAGUACAAACAAAUUCAGUUCCAUUUCUAUUUCUGUUAUUCAACAUGAUAUGGACUUUUCUCUUGAACUUGUGGAGUUAAGUUUUUGGUUUCAGGAUUUGUAGUCUAUAAUACAAGGAAUCAAUUACACAGCACAUACUUGUGUGUUAUAUCUAGCAUAUAAAUUUUUUUGGCAUGCCUAAUUAAAAGAUGUACAAUACGCUAGGCAGCGGAAUGUUUCUGCUUUUAUCUUUAAUGGAUUUUUCGUAUA